GGCAAACGACGUCUGAUCCAUGGCCGGGUUUGAGCCAUCGUCCUUCGACGGCUCCCUCAGUGUCAUUUCGUCAGAAGAUAUGGUAGAGAUUAAGCACGUCCCCGAAGAUCGGUCUGAGCCGCACUCGCCCGGCAAUGGUCAUGCGACGGAGGAGAGUCGACAUCGUCUCGUGUUCAGCAAAUCCAAGGUGUACGUUCAUCCGACCGCGUAUGCGCGGGAUAACAUACCAGGUUUCGUUACGUUGGUCAAGAGGGAAGCUAUUAACCCUACGUGUCUUCUAGCGUGGAUACCAGAAAGCCUCCUGAAUGAGAAAGGCAAAAGUGAAUGGGAUAAAUUUGUCAAGAUUGAAGAGAAGGCCUCGCUCGACGACGAGGAAGACGAUGCGGUAUUGAUUGAACUCCCUACGCGUCCCGAAUCAUACGCGUUCUCCGUACCGCUCACGUCCAUCUACUCCCUCAUCGUCCACCCGCCAAAUCUGACGUCAUGGUAUGGAUCCAUCGGUAUUAACCUCAUCAACGGUUCGACGAUGCCCACUCUCUACUUCCACGACGACGAGUCGCGCUCGUUCACGCUCCCCGCCGCGUCCCCGCCGCCCGCGCGCCGCAACUCCGUCUCCUACCCUCCACCACCGUCGCAGCCGCCCGUCUCGACCUGGGGUGGUGACGACCUCCUCGCGCGCCUGCGCAGCUACGCGCACCUCCUGCGCUCGACGCUCGACCCGUCGCUCUACCUCGUCGACCCGUCCAAAGCCGACAUCGAAGCGCACUCCACGCAGCUCUUCGACGACGACGCCGUCGACGCCAUCCUCGCCCAAUCCUCCUACGCUCAUGCGCACUCGCCCAUCCCCGCACACCGCCGCCCGCGCCCGCUCUCUUCCCCACCCGCCUCGCGCGCCUCCGUCCUACACCGCUCCCUCCCACCCGCCUCCUCUUCCCCACCCUCCUCUUCUUCCUCCGCCACCGCCACCGCCUCGCCCAGCCAAGCCCGCCUCGCGCUCCUGCAGUCCUUCUCCUCCAUCACACGCGCCACGCGCCACGCGGCCCAGAACAUCCUCUCGCACCCGCUCGCCAAGCCGAUCGUGCCGCACCUGCCCGACCCCGUGCGCUCGCUCGUGCACGCCCCGGGCGAGUGGUCGUCCUGGGUCGAGAAGGGCGGCGUCGGCGAGUUCGAGAGCGCCCGCGUCUACCUCGCGCGCUGGGCUCGCAUCGUCGCAGAGGAGGGCGAGCGCGCGCGCCGCCGCGAAGCGCAGGCCAUCCCGUCCUCCUCCGCCCCUGGUGACGGGGACGGGGAGGAGGCCUCUUCCCUAGGCGUGUUCGAGCUCCUGCACCGCACCGCGAAUCUGCCGACGCCCAAGACGUCGCGCGAUCCGAAGCGGCCUGUGAACGAGAUGGACUACGAGCGCUGGUUUGGUGCGGAUGGAAGGCCGACGGUGCGCGUGGAGGAGAUGAGAAGGGAGGUGUUCCGUCGCGGGAUCGCGCCGCAGGGGACGUUAAGGAAGCGACUGUGGCCUUUCGUGCUCGGCGUGCAUGAGUGGGACGUGACGUCGCAGGAGCGCGAGAAGAAGUGGGACGAGAAACGGGCCCGGUACAGGCAACUGAAGAGUCAAUGGUGCGGCGUUUCGGAGGUGUUCGAUAGACCUGAUGUGGUCGAGGAACGGCAUCGAAUAGAUGUCGAUUGCCGUCGCACGGACCGCACCCAGCCGCUCUUCGCCGCCGUGCCGGAGAGACCCGCUAACUCCCGGAACUCGAGCUCGAGCUCGUCGGCAGCAGGAGAACACCAGCGCUACUCGACCAUGUCUCCACAUGACGCCAAUGUCGGGGCGCAGGCGCCAACGAACGAGCAUAUCGAGCGGCUCGCCGCCAUCUUGCUCACCUAUAAUUUCUACGAGAAGGAGCUCGGUUAUGUGCAAGGAAUGUCGGAUCUAUGCGCGCCAAUAUACAUCGUGAUGGGUACGGACGAAGAGCUUACGUUCUGGUGCUUCGUAGAGGUUAUGAACCGGAUGAAACGGAACUUCUUGCGGGAUCAAAGCGGAAUGAAGCAGCAGUUGUCGACAUUGCAGCAAUUGAUAGCCGUCAUGGAUCCCGAGUUGUACAGACAUCUGGAAAAAACUGACGCCCUGAAUCUGUUCUUCUGCUUCCGGUGGAUCCUGAUCACUUUCAAGCGCGAGUUCCCGUUCGAAGACGUCUUGCGCCUCUGGGAGGUACUGUGGACAGAUUACUACUCCAAUGAGUUCGUUCUAUUCGUCGCCCUCGCCGUCCUUGAGUCGCACCGCGACGUGAUCCUGCGCUACUUGGUCGAGUUCGACGAGAUCCUCAAGUACUGCAACGAGCUCAGCAUGACCAUCGAGCUCGAGAGCACGCUUGCCCAAGCUGAGGUCCUGUUCCUCUCGUACGCUCAACUCGUGGCCGACAUCGACCGUCGGCGAGCGGAGUCGAACGCGGCGAAUCCGGUGGCAGAUGUCCGGCGACGGGGAUCGGUCAAGGUGGCAGCAGCGUUCGGCGCUGAUCCGACAGUCGCGGCUCAGCCGAAAAUGCCGGAUAUCAGUCCGGAGCUGAGGAACUUGCUGCACGCUGGCCGGUAAAACACGACCGCGAUGCUAGAGCGUAUAUCUUGUCGUCGAAGCGAUUGUACUAUACCCGCACAUGUCUUGUAUCUUGUACGCCAUGUAGAUGUAUCCAUAAUCACACACGAUUGCACGUUUUCCUGAUUCUACUUCCUGUGUGCGGGUGCACAAGGGUGCGCGAAUGGAUGUAUAGGGCAAAUGCUAGAGGAUACAGGACUGCUGGUGCGGCAGGCGCAGGUCAAUCAUUUUUGGUACGACCAGACGUUCCGCAGUAAUCCCGCCUUGGUCGCCAACCUGUUGAGCGAGUCGUCGCUCUCGCCCUGGGACCGAACCUGGCCGCAGAGCGCGAAGGUAGUAGCAGUCGGGAGGGCGCGGCCGUUCUCGUCGACGUCAGCGAUGCUGAUCUGGACGGACGCGUGGUCCUUGGAUGUGAUGAGACGGUUAGUCGCCGCGCACUUGCGGGGGACGUAGAGGUCGACGAGCACACCCUGAUCGUUCUCCAUGGCGUUGAAAGUUGUUGAUUGAGGGAGGGCGG